AUGGCUCCGUGUUCGUCGGAAUGCCAAAAUGGCUACUGGACCUGUACCUGCCAUGGUGGCAAAUGGACCUGCCAUGUCUGUAAUGGCUCCGGGCGAAUUGACAACCCCAACGCAGGGGAGGAAGCCGAUUCCGUCCGUGGCCGCGCGGCUACAGCGGACUGGUCAGACAAGUGCGGCAUGUGUGGUGGCACCGGUCAGAAGGACGACGAGGCAUACCCGGGCCCUUGGUACAAUGUGAUGUCCAGUGAUUUGGGUAUGUUCUGCCAAUGUCAUGCGCUGCAGACUUCCCGGGCCGUGCCAGGACAACAUCCAAAACAUCGCGGAACGGCAUUCUGCGCCGCAUCCGAGGAGCGCAUGAGCGGCAUGUCUUCUUCCGAAAAUCCCGUUGGCGGGCGCGGCGCGGCGCGGGCGUCGGAGUUGACCUUCCUAAUCCGGACGCAUGAGCCCUGA